AUGGCUCCUCCAAUUUGUCUUCGGGGCCCACCGGAGCUCCACCUUGACCUCCCCAUCUGCACCAUCAUCAAAACCGAUCAAGAAAACCCUCCACUGUGUAAAGGCCAUUCUUCUUCUUCAACCCCACCCUUAAACCCUUGCCUUGAAUUCUUCUCCAAGGCCACCACAUACUCUGAUAAACCCCAACAAAACCCUCCCAUGUAUCAGCCGCAGAAGGAUCUGACAGAAUAUGAAGCAGAGGCAUGGAAGCAUGACCCUCACACAACUCUCAGGCUCAUAUUUUGCCUGAGAAUGAUUUUUGGGGAAUUGGGUUGGUUCAAAGAUCUGUUGGAGGUUCUCUAUAGGGUUUUGCAGAAAUCCAUAGAUGAAGCAAAGAAAAAAUCCAUAGAUGAAGCGAAGAAAAAAUCCAGAGAUGAAGCAAAGAAAAAGGAAGAAGAUGAGGAGGAGAGACGGAAAGAGUAUGGGAAGAAACGUUCGAAUGAAUGGCAGAAACCUAGGAAUAGGUAUUGGUCCAACUAUGACGAAAGUGAUGUGGAGGAAGAGAAGGAAGAGAUCAAAACAGUCACAGAUGUUCGCAUGGCCAUGGCUAAAAGCGCGGUUGAUAGGUACCAAAACGACCUUGAAUAUCGGUUCUUGCAUGAUCGUGUAUCGGAGGUGUUUGUGGAGAUGCUGACAUCAGAUAUCUUGUCUUUGGAGUCUGGUGAGAUUGAACAUAUCAGCACUGCUUCCAAAUUCUGUCCUUCGAUUGAUUCAUCUUACGACAGAGCAACUUUGAUAUGUGAAAACAUAGCAAGGAGAAUGUUUCCACGCCAUAAUUUUGGAGAGUACAAAGAUGUUGAAGAAGCUCAUUAUGCUUAUAGGGUCCGUGAUCGACUGAGGAAACAAGUACUUAGCCCCCUGCGCAAGGCAUUGGAGCGCUUACCAGCUGCAAAACAGAACAACAAGUCAUCAUCAUUGUUCAAGAACCGCAAGAGGCUGAUUGCUUUGGAAAUCUACAGCAAGAUCAUUGGUUGUGGCGAUGGUGGAGGCCGUGAUGAAAGAAGAUUGCAAAUUAAGGGUUACAUGAAGCUCGUGGACAUACUACUACCAAAGAAAACUAUUGUCGACAUGUGCUUUGGUGAUGGGCUAAAGCUUCCUCACCAUGUGGUGGCCUUGUUGGAGAAGGAACAUGGCGGUGAUGAUGAGAUUGCAGAGGUUCAAUGGCGGAGAUUAGUCCAAGAGUUUUCGAACAAAGGGAAUCUCAGGAAUUGUAUUGCAGUGUGUGAUGUCCCGGAGCGCAUGAGAGGGACAUUGAAGGAGAUGGUUUGCAUUUCAAUGGGGUUGUUGGUUUCUGAGCUCAGCGAAAAACCUUGGCAAGGUUCUGUUAUCCCGCUCAGUGAUUUUCCAAGGCUGCACAAAGUUGAAGGAGACAAUCUCCAGUCGAAAUGUGAGUUUAUGAGGAACAUAGAGUGCGCAGAGAAGGUGGAUUUUUCAAAGAUUUACAAUCGAGUUCUGCAGAUUGCCAUGACAGAGAAGCUGAGCAAUGCCAAGAUGCCUAAAAGUAUUUUUGUGUUCACAUACAAGGAAUUUGACAAGGCCUCUAAGAACGAUUGGGUGCUGGAUUAUAAGGACGCUUGGAAUAAUUACAAAAAGAGAGGGUAUGCAACUGUGCCGCAGUUGGUGUUUUGGAAUCUUAAGGACUCAAUUGCUGUGCUUGAGGUCAUUGGCAGCCCUGUGAAGAAUCACAAUGCAGGGAUAAUUGUCACUGGGUUUUCCAACACUCUGCUCAGUCUUUUCUUUAAAGGCGAGACGAAUUCGAGAACAUAUGCAGCUCGAGUAGAUCAGGUACAUGCUGGGAUUGAUGUACUGUCAGGGCUGAGGCUUACUCCAAAUGCUGAGGAUGUGAUGAAAUGGGCAGUUUCAACCGAAGAGCUGAGGAGCCUCUUUAUAUUGGAUUGA